GGCGCCACAAUCGCUAUAGAUGCAGUUUUGGAGUGGGUGAAGGAACAAUGACGAUCAUUCUUCGACAGCAGCUAACAAAAAUGUAGUCAGUUUGUUGUCGGCAUUCGUAAUAGGAUCUACGUUAAAUUUUCUUUCUUAUUAUUUUCUUUGUUGCUCUUGAUAUAACAAAACGAGAAAAUUAUUACAACAAUUUUAUCACGAUAUUUUCAUAUUCCUAAUCGUUAAAAUGUCCAACAUAGACGAAUAUUACUUGGAAAUACUUGGACUGGUCAAAGAAGCUGGCUCGAUCGUAAGAGAAAAAAUAUAUCAACGUAAAGAUGCUAUGACAAAAUCCUGCGAUGUUGAUCUCGUUACGGAAUGGGAUCAAAAAGUUGAAAAACUUAUCAUGGAUGGCAUUUCUUCAAGAUUUCCAGAUCACAAAUUUAUUGGCGAGGAGACCACAUCAACUGGUAAAAAAGCAGAAUUAACUGAUGCACCAACAUGGAUCAUAGAUCCCAUUGAUGGAACUAUGAAUUUUGUUCAUGGUUUACCACAUACAUGCAUAUCAGUUUGUUUGCAUAUAGGAAAAGUUGCGGAAAUCGGUGUUGUUUAUAAUCCUAUUUUAGAACAGCUAUUUACAGCUCGCAGAGGCAAGGGUGCUUUUUUAAACGGUGCUCCGAUACGAGUUUCUGGUCAGAAAGAGUUAAGUAAAUCCUUGAUCAUGAUCGAGAUGGGUACAAGUAGAGAUCCCGAGAAAAUGAAAAUUGUCUUUCAAAAUAUUAAUAUUUUGACACCACAGAUCCAUGGGUUGAGAACAUUAGGAUCGUGUGCUUUGAAUAUGUGUAUGGUGGCACUUGGUGGUGCUGAUAUUUGUUUCGAAUUUGGAAUUCAUGCUUGGGACAUUGCGGCUGGUGAUCUUAUCAUCAGAGAAGCAGGAGGUGUUUGUAUAGAUCCAGCAGGAGGAUCAUUUGAUGUUAUGAGCAGAAGAGUAUUAUGUGCAUCUUCUAUGGAAUUAGCUCAAGAAUUAAGUAAACAACUUAUACAGUAUUAUCCGGAACGAGAUUGAAGAUACAAAUGAUUAUUAAAUGAUCAUUCUUGUUAUUUUCCUCAUAUAGUAUUUACUUUUUUGGUUGUAAGUACUUAUACCAAAGAUUCCAAUUAUGUGUGUAUAUAUAUAUAUUAUACAUGAUAUCUUUAACAAAUUAUGUUUUAUAAUGACACUUAUAUAGAAAUGAAAAAUAAAGAGAAUAUUUUGAAUCUUAAAC